AUGGGUGAAGCAGAUGUUAUUCUUGGUAUAAGAAUCUUCAAACAUGGUAACAAUAUAAUGUUGUUUCAAUCACAUUAUAUUGAAAAGGUUCUUAACAAAUUCAAUCAAAGUGAUUGUAUUCCAGCCUCAACACCAUUGGAUCCCAAAAUAAACUUUGUGAAAAAUGAGGGGGAUCCAAAAUCUCAAAUGGAAUAUGCUAAGGUUAUAGGGUGCUUAAUGUAUGCAAUGACUUGUACUAGACCUGAUAUUGCAUAUGUAGUUGGUGUAUUGAGCAGACAUACAACUAGGGAUCUUAUCAAGAAGAAGAAGGCCCAAGUCAUUUUGGGAUCAAGAUCAUGGGAAGAAACAUCCUCAGUUGCUGAGCUUGGGAAUCAAUAUGGCAUCCCUACUCUUUCUUUUGCUGAUCCAUGCCCUUCAUGGGCCACCGAACGUUGGCCAUUCUUUAUUCAAGCUUCUCCCAGCAAAUAUUUGCAAAUGAAAGCGGUGGCUGCUAUGGUCCAGUCCUGGGGAUGGCGCCGGGUUAAUGUCAUUUAUGAGGAUACAGAUUCUGCUGUAAAUGGAAUAACACCUCAUCUGUAUGACGCCUUGCAGGAAGUUGGAGCUCAAAUUAGUCAUCUUACAGCCCUUCCAUCUUUUCCAAAUGCUUCAAUGUUGUGCGGGGAGCUUGCGAAGCUUAAGGCAGAACAAUGUAGAAUCUUUGUAGUUCAUGCUUCUUUGGCCUUAGCAGAACGCAUAUUUCAAAUGGCCAAGGGGAUGAAGAUGAUGGAACAAUGUUAUGUGUGGAUCACCACAGACAGUGUAACAGGCCUUGUCCAUUCAAUGGACGUCUCCAUGAUGUCAUCGAUGCAAGGUGUACUUGGAGUAGAGAGAUAUUAUCAUGAUAAAGAGCGGAAGUAUCAGGAUUUCUAUGGAAGAUUUCAAUAUGAAUUUGGCUUGAAGUACGCCGAAGAAAAGAACCAUGAGCCUGGAAUUUCUGCACUAGAAGCCUACGAUGCCACCUGGACCGUGGCUUUAGCAAUGAAAGAAGGCAAAAUCAAUCACCAACAUCUUCUUGACAAGCUUUCCAUCACAGAUUUCAGCGGAUUAAGUGGUAAAAUUCAGUUUUCUGAGCAAAUAUUAGCUCCAUCUGUGAAUAUAUUUCGAAUAAUCAACGUUGUUGGAAGGAGUUAUUUAGAACUUGGAAUCUGGUCAGAUGGAAUAGGAUUUUCUGUGGAAGUUGGUGAGAAUGCCAAAAACAAUGUCUCGAUGGAAAUUUUCGGAAAGUUGUUUUGGCCUGGAGGACCUCUGAAUGCUCCAAGAGGGUGGGACAUCGCAACUGUUGCCAAUGCAAUGAGAAUUGGCGUGCCUAAUGCAUCCCUGAUCAAGCGCUUCGUUGAUGUGGAAUAUGAUCCAUUGACAAAGAGUUAUGCUGUGUCUGGAUUUUCAAUUGAUGUAUUCAAAGAAACUGUAAGUUAUUUGCCAUAUUUUCUACCAUACAGUUUCAUUCCAUUUGACGGCACCUAUGAUGCUCUAGUGGAGCAAGUUCGAUUAAAGAACUUUGAUGCAGCAGUUGGCGACAUAGCAAUAAUAUCCAAGCGAUGUGUAGAUGCAGAUUUCACGCAUCCUCACAUUGAAUCAGGGCUUGUGUUGAUAGUCCCCAUUCAAUCACAAUCUAACAGGAGUUGGCUGUUCCUGAAGCCGUCCACAAAAGCAAUGUGGUUCCUUAUAGCAUCAAUAAAUGUUUACAAUGGUUUUGUCAUAUGGAUGAUUGAACGAAAUUACUGCUCAGAAUUGAAAGGAUCACCUUUGAAUCAGAUUGGAACUCUGCUCUGGUUGGCUUUUGCUACAUUAUUUUCACCACAAGGUGAAAAAUUGCAUAGCAACCUGUCAAGGGCAGCAACAUUGGUGUGGUUGUUUGUCGCACUAAUCAUAUCACAGAGCUAUACAGCAAGUCUUACAAGGAUGCUCACUGUGCCCAGGCUUGAACCAAAGGUUGCAAACAUUGACACACUGAGAAAUAGCAAUGCAGUGAUUGGGUACUCGAGAAAAACUUUUGUUAAAGAUUACUUGUUGAAUGUCUUACAUUUCAACCCAAACAACAUCAAGAAUUUUUCAUCAUUCAAAGAAUGUGCUGAAGAUCUUAAGAAUGGUAGAAUUGCUGGAGCAUUUCUUGAGGUUCCUACUUCUAAAGUUUUCCUUGCCAAAUACUGCAAGAGCUUUAUGACAACAGGCCCAACAUACAAAUUUGGAGGUUAUGGAUAUGUAAUUCUCUACCCAUUUAGCUUCAUUGAAGUAUAUGUUUGCUAUUUUUCCCAUUCCUUCUCUGCCUACUACAAUUUUUGUUAG